UUUGUUGCUUUGUUUGCUGAUAUAUUCCAAGCAAGCGUUGGCUUGCUGCUUCGCAGUUUUUCAGGAGCUGACUAUACAGCGUAGUUUUAGGUUUUGGGGUUCUGGGGAUAGUCGCGACAGUAGAGCUGGUGUGAGCUCGGUUUACUUGCAGUCCGUGGGGCUGUAGGGGACAGUUUUUAGGCUAUUUUUGUUUGCGUGAGAGUUUCUGUGAGCAAGGGUUGCUUUCUGGCCUUGCUCUUGCGUUAUAUGUCUGUGGUCUACAGGUAAUGGGGCGACAUUCGAAUCUUCGAAGUGGCAGAGGGUUUUCGGUGUGGUUGCUAGAGCUUUAGAAGCGAGGACGUUUCUUUUUUCAGACGUUUUCGCCAGGUUUUUGUUGUCGCGCGUGCUCUUCUGCUCUCUGCCCGGCUACCAAGGAUUAGGGCAAUAUAUAACGGACACGGCAGCGGCAUAAUUCCAUUGAUGUAUUAAAUUUAAGUGUGCUGGAAUAGGGCUGGUGGUGAAAUUGCUAUGAUAGCUGGCAACGAGUUGAUGCUGGAACCCAAGGCUGGAUUUUGAAAUUACAGUUUUGGACGGUAGAGAUUGAGAGGGAUGGGGCUAGAGCAGGGAGGAUGGCAGCAACAGCCCACUACGAACAACGAUUUGGAGCGCCUGGCGAGCGUCAUGAAAGCUGUAGAACAGGCUUGUGCAGCACUUCAGGAUCCAAGUUCUAGAGCUGCUGCCGAGGCGACAUUGCUUGCAUUUCGAAAAUCAUCUCAACCAACACCAGCAUGCCAAUACAUCCUAGAACACUCGCAAAUGGCCACAGCAAGGUUUCAAGCAGCAGCUACAAUGCAGGAAGCUGCUAUCCGGGAGUGGCCCUUACUCACAGCAGACGAGAGGAGCAACCUGCGAACAUAUUGUCUACAUUAUGUGAUGGCGAGAGCUGAUGCUGCAGAAGCCUAUGUUCAAAUGAAGGUUUUAUCAGUAGCCGCUGUGCUGUUGAAAAGAGGCUGGUUGGAGUCUGUUGCCACGGAGAAGGAAGCAUUUUUUUCUGAGGUCAGGCAAGCUGUUUUAGGGGCCCAUGGGCCUGCUGCACAACGAUCUGGUAUAGCGUUACUAGAGGCGUUGGUUUCCGAGUUCGCUCCUUCCACUGCCAGCGCAAUGGGCUUACCCGCAGAAGUGCACGAACAUUGUCGGGCCUCUCUGGAACUAGAUUAUUUACAUGUAUUCUACACGUGGGCUCAAGAAGCUGCAGUAACAUCUGCCGAAAGGGCUCUACAAGGAGUUGGGGGUGCAAUGGAUAUUAAUGUCUGUGCAUCAGCAUUAAGGCUUAUGUCUCAACUUUUAAACUGGGAAUUCCAAGGCACAAAUUGGGUUCGUAGUAUUAACGGUUCCGUUGUCAUGGGGAAAAGUAAAACGAAUGCUUUUAUAUCUUCAAUAGGGCGAGACACAAAUAUUUCCAAUCGUCCUGGUGAUCAUGCGUCCUUGGUCCAGCCAGGGCCAGUUUGGCAUGAUGUUUUGUUGGAAGCUAAUCGGGUGAAUUGGAUCUUGGAGCUUUAUUCACAUAUUCGCCAAAGACAAUUUGGUGGACCUUCAUGGCUGGAUUCACCUCUUGCGGUUUCCGCUCGCCAGCUCAUUGUUCAGUUAUGCUCCUUAAAUGGGAGCAUCUUUUCACCUGAUGGGUUCGUAACACAAGAGCUUCAUCUCCAACGUCUAAUGACAGGAAUUACGUCUUGGUUAGAUCCACCUGAAGCUGUUGUCAGGGCUCUGUUAGCAGGUUCAACUUCUGAAAGUGAACUGUUGGAUGGAUGUCGGGCUCUUGUGGCUGUUGCCAGUGUAAACUCUCCAUCGGCAUUCGAUCAACUUCUCAAACCUGUAUCUAGAUCAUCAGGUACUUUGAGCCUGUUAGCUUCCCUUACGCGAGAGGUUAUCAAGGCCCGUGAGCAGAAUGGUAAAGAAGAGGAUACAUGGGCUGCAGAAGCUCUCGAUACUCUUUUAGAUACCUGGACUGUUCUCCUACAACCUGCAGAUUUCAGUAAGAGGAUACCAUUCCCCUCCACCGGUGUCGAGGCAGCUGCUGCAGUUUUCCAAGCUUACGUGGAAACUGAAGUGAGAGCUGCUGCAGCGUCAGCAAAUGAUGAAGAUGAUGCUGCUGAACUACUCCGUGCUAGCAUUGCAGCAAGAGACGAGCAUUUGAGUGCGGUAGCAUUGGUGGCUCGGGCAGCUCCUUUGUCAACUGUUCCAUAUCUUGCAAGGCUUAUCACUGAACGCUGCGCUUGGCUACAUCAAUGCGCAGGCGGAAGAAAUGAUCCUACAACAGUAUUGGAGGAGCUACAUUGGCUUUUGUUAAUGUCAGGACAUGUUCUUGCGGAUUGUGGGGAUGGUGAAACACCUCUGGUCCCAGAGUCCAUAUCAGCGCUGAGUGUGAGCACAGCAGAGGCUGCUAAUCAUCCAGCUGUGUUACUUUCUCGAUCCGUCAUUGAAUUGGCACGCCAGAGCCUGAAUAUAGCUUUUCGAACGGAGUUCUUCAGUUCGCGUCUGAUGGAGGCUGUCGUGUGGUUUUUUGGGAGAUGGGUGGACACAUACUUAAUGCCAGCCGACGCAGGGCGAGGACCCAACUCUACUCCUUCGAGCAACGAAGGCGACCAACAGCAGAUGUCUGGCAUAGCCGGUCCACAACUUCAUCCCCUAGUCAUGGCAUUUGGAGAGGAAGGGGGUGGUAAAAUUGUGCUGGAUGUACUUGUAAGGGUAGCUGUAGCCGCGCUCACAGCGUGGCCUGGUGAACGAACAUUGCAGGAACUUGCGGGAUUCCAGCUCCUUCCGUCCCUGGUCCGGAGACGCAACAUUUGUGUUCAUUUAGUCACUCUGGAACCUUGGCAGGAGUUGGCUCAGGCUUUUGCAUACCAACAACCUCCUCUUUCACUGCUUGCGUCUUCAAUUCAGCGUGCAUUGUCAGAGGCCCUCUGUCGAUCAGCAGCUGGUAUGGGCAGCGGCGAUGCAACCAAUCAGUACGUCAGGGAUUUGUUGGGUCCAAUAACCAAUACUUUGUCUUCUCUUUCAAAACAUGAUGAUCUGCAAGCCUUUGCACAGCAGGCUGAUGUCAUCAUGCAGGUGAGUUGUCUAAUUGAAAGAUUAAGAGGGGCAGCAAGAGCUACAUUGCCACGAAGUCAAAAAGCAAUUUUCGAUGUAGGGGCUGCAGUUAUGGAGCCAUUGUUGGUAUUGGUGCAAACCUACAAACACCAGUCUUCUGUGAUCUACUUGGUGCUCAAAUAUGUCGUCGAUUGGGUGGACGGUCAAGUAGCAUUUCUGGAGGCUAAGGACACAGCCAUCCUUUUCAGCUUUUGUGUACGGCUGCUUGAGAUAUAUUCUGCUCAUAAUAUUGGGAAAGUAUCUAUAAGCGCGUCAACGAACUUGUUGAGUGAGAGCCAAACUGAAAAGUACAAGGACCUGCGGGCUUUACUUCAGCUCUUGACCAAUUUGAGCUCGAAGGACCUUAUUGAUUUCGCGUGUGAUGUCAAUGGCGAAGUAGAAAAUCCUGAUGUUGCACAAGUUGUUUACUUGGGUUUGCAUAUUAUUACACCACUUAUGACAAUUGAUCUUCUCAAAUACCCGAAAUUGUGCCGCCAGUAUUUCACCUUAUUGGCUCAUAUGUUGGAAGUUUAUCCUGAGAAAGUCGCAAAGCUAUCACCUGAAGGAUUUUCCAGGAUUGCGAGUACUCUGGACUUUGGUUUGCGGCAUCAGGACGUGGAGGUUGUGAGCAUGUCGUUCACAGCAUUGAAUGCUGUAGCAUUUUAUCAUUAUCAGGCAAUUUGUAGAGGCCAAGAGGGUCUUGGUGUACAUGCACUUAGUAUCCAAAACGCUCAUGGAGUGGUGAAGGAAGGGGUAUUGGAUCAUUUUCUCAGAUCAGUCAUCCAAUUCCUUCUGUUUGAUGACUACAGUAAUGAGCUUGUGGAGCCAGCCGCAGAUGCUCUUCUGCCCCUGGUCUUGUGCAAUACUGCUUUGUAUCAGAGAUUAGCACUGGAACUACUUGAGGGACAGAAUAACGCGCUUUUGCAAAGUCGGCUUGCCACAGCUUUCCACGUUCUUUUAAACGCAAAUCAAGUGACAUCCUCACUGGAUCGUCAGAAUCGUCGAAAAUUUAGGGAGAACCUGUAUUCAUUUUUGUCUGAUGUGCGUGGAUUCUUACGGACCAGGUGAUUGGCGUGUACAAUCAAGGGCGCCUGAGCAGGCUUUCUUUAUUCUUUUUGUAGCUACUGCACUUGGGGUCAUACUUAUUCAGAACUUCUGAGCCAAUAAAACUUGUACACUACAUGAGGCGAGCAGAGGAUAUGUAAGUGUGAGGUUUUGGUCUUGAUCCUUGUAUUUGGAUACCGUAGAAUCUGACUAGAUCAAUGUGUUGAAGCAUACCAAGCUCUGUGUUGUGUGAACACGUGUGUCCAAUUAUCACAGUUGGAAAUGUAUUAGUGGAGAAUGCUCAAAAGAUAAAUGAAAAUCAGUUUUGUCUAUUUUCCUAUACCGUA